CGCGAUUACGCGAAAGAUCGUCGAGAAGAUGAAGUCGUUUGGGAACUUGACCUUUGGCCUACUCGUCAUCCUUAUAGCAAGCUUUACUGUCGGCCUAGAGGCUCGUCGCCUGGCUCUGCGUCCACUGACAGGAAGGGAACUGAGAAGAGCUCUUAGGGAAUCGGGAUUCGAUGAGGAUUCUGCAGCUGGCAGAUCAGUGGCGUCGGCUCUGUCCGGACUCAGUGGAUUCGCCCUGGGCAUCACAAAGGGCAUUGGUGGCUCACUGCUGUUCGAUGUGGUAACCUCGAAUGUGACCAUCGAUUACAUCACCAGUCUGCUGAACUCCACUGCCUCUUCGUCGACUUCAAGCAGCAGUGGAACUGCCCAGGAGAUCUGUUUCAAGAGUCGCAGUGCCGACGGCGAGGUCAUUAACGGCAGGAGUAAUGGCUUCAAUGACAUGGAUGAUGGAGCAGAUCCCAAUGGCGAGUGGAGACAGACUGGCACUGGCACGGGUACGGGUACUGACACUGACACUGGGACAAUAACAACACCAACAGAAACUACGCCACCUACCAGCGACGCGGUCUCCAAUGGCCUCACCUGCAUUGUCCUGAGCAAGGAGGGUUCCCGUCGCCGGCGCCAGUUGCGCAUCCAACCAGGAACCUUGAGAUCUGUGUUUCCUAAAAGCCAUCGGCAGACCUUGAAAAAGUACCGCAGGCAUAGGGUUUAGGGUUUAGACCCGAUCCUUACUUUAAGCUAACUUAUUUAUUGACUUCGAUUAGUUUAUUAAAUUUUAAUUG